AUGACUGAUCAAACAUUAUUAGCAAAAGCUCGUAAAGCACGAUUCGAUGAUCUACCAAAUUUUUCCGGACAUCCUUCUGAGGAUGUCGAACGGUUUUUAAAAAGCAUCAAGAAUAUAACCAAGGCAACUGAUGAAUCGAAUAAUCAUGAAAUUUUAGAAAUCGUUCGUGGUAAAUUAAUUCAAUCUGCAGGAAUAUGGUUCGACAAUAAUGAAGCUAAUUUUAAACAAUGGUCAGAUUUUGAAACUGCGUUUCGAAAUCGAUAUUUUUCCUCAACAUCAACUCAUAAGAAAUUUGAUACAUUAAAACAACGUAAACAAUUACCGGAUGAACCGAUUACGUCUUUUUUCGACGACAUUAUUAAUUUAUGCCGGGAAAUUGAUUCAAAUAUGUCAGAAAAAAUUAUAAUUCAAUAUUUAAUGAGUGGAAUCAAUCCUGAUUUUAGGAAGGAAUUAUUAAGACGUGAAUCAUCUAUCAAUACAUUAAAGGAAUUUUUAAAAUAUGCAAAAAUUGAACAAGAUUUACAUGAUACAUUCGGUAGUCUAUCACUUGAUUCACAACAACGUCAUUUUAAUUAUAAUCACCCAUCAAUUCCACCAUUAACUGCUGCAGUUAAUCCACCAAAACAAUAUUAUCAUACAAUGAAGUACAACAAUCCUGUUUCACAUUCAACACAAUUACAGAGCUCCGUUUCUCAGCGGAACUCGAUUCCAACACUUGGAAAUUGGACAUCCAUGGCAUCUGAUAGAAAACAAAUUCGGAAUUAUCCACCACAAUCGAUAUCAAAGAAGAACCCAAGCAAUAGUCAACAAACAUCACAACAUCAAUUCAACAACUGUAAAGUUUGUGGUCGCAACAAUCAUCGGACAAUUGAUUGUUAUCAUAAACCUGGGUCACAUGAUGGCGGUGUUCCCAGUAAAUUUAUAAAGCCAUCGACAAUAACAUCAUUCCCUGUUUACAUCAAAAUUCGUGUUAAUGAUCAACCAACGGAAGCAAUUGUUGAUACAGGAUCCGCCAUCUCAAUUAUUCAUUCAAAUUUCCUCAAAACCAUUCAUCACCAAAAUUUUUUAUAUCAAACUCAUUUAUGUCAAACUGCAAAUUCAACACCUCUUAAUAUUAUCGGUCAAAUUAAAUUAGAAAUACAAAUUAAAUCUAUUAAAACUUACGUUACUGCUCGCGUUGCUACAAAUUUAAUUACAUCAAUUCUUUUAGGUAAUGAUUGGAUAAAUUCGAAUCAUGUUCACCUUUAUGGUGACCAGAAACAAUUAACUAUUCCUGAUCAACAUGAUCAAUUAAUCUCAAUCCCGUAUGUGGAACCAACUUGCAUUAAUUAUCCAGCAUUAUUAGUGCAUGAAAUUACUCUUCCUCCAUAUUCACAAAAAUUGGUUGAUAUUACAUGUCAAAUUGCAAAUACUAAUAAUCUUAUAUUGGAACCAUACGAACGUCAUAUAUCAAAAUUCAUCUUCAUACCACAUACAUUAUUAAAUAUUAAUAAAAAUCACGCCAAAGUGUUACUUAUAAAUGCACACAAUCGACAACAAACAUUAUCAAAAAACACACGAAUCGGUACCCUUUCUCGUGAUGCAACGUUCUCAAUAUAUGCAACAUCACAAGUUCCAACAAAACAUAAUUCUAUUUUAAAUGAACGUCAUCAAACAUCAACUCGACAUUACAAUAGAUUGAAAUCCAGAGCUGUCUUACGUAAAAAGGACAACUCGAAUCACGAAAAAUUAAAUAUUAUUUGUCAUCAUUGCAAUGAACAUUUUUUAUCUGGUAAUGAUUUACAAAAACACUUACGAGCAGAAUGUUAUUCCGAACAGAUUCGAAAACAAAUAUUCGAAUCGACGAAACAUAUAGAAAAUCCAAAACAUCGAUUAGAAAUUCAAGAUAUUUUAUGGCGAAAUAAAAUAUUAUUUGAUCCUACACCAUCAAUUAUUAAUAUUCCUCCACAAUCAGCAAUUAAAACUGCUGAUCAUCCACCUAUCUAUUCAAAACAAUAUCCAGCAUCAUCUAAAGAUCAAGAAAUUAAAUUUCAAGAAACACAAAAAUUAUUAGAACGUGGUCAAAUUGAAGAAUCAACUUCACCAUGGUCAUCACCGAUUGUUCUUGUCAAGAAAAAAGACAAAACAAUGCGAUUUUGCAUUGAUUAUCGACGAUUAAAUGCUAUUACAAUUAAAGAUGCAUUUCCAUUACCUCGUAUUGAUGAAAUUUUUGAUCAAUUAUCCGAUGCAACGUAUUACACAAAAUUCGAUUUUAAAUCUGGUUAUUUCCAGGUACCUCUAGCUAAAGAGGACCGACCUAAAACUGCAUUCUCAACUCGUGAUAAUCAUUAUCAAUUUACAGUUCUUCCACAAGGAAUAACAAACGGUCCCGCAACAUUUCAACGUGUUAUCAAUCAUAUAUUAGGUCCUACACGAUGGAAAUAUGCAUUAGCAUAUAUUGAUGAUGUAAUUAUAUACUCAAAAACAUUUGAAGAACAUUUAUCACAUCUCAAUGAAAUAUGUACAAUAUUAAAAAAUGCUCGAUUUCGUCUUAAUCCAGAAAAAUGUGAAAUUGCUCGAACACAAACUGAUUAUCUUGGACAUCGUAUACAAAAUGGUGAAAUUCGUCCAAGUCCUACCAAUAUACAUGGCUUAUUAAAUACAAGAUUACCACAGACGGCAGAUGAAGCUUGUAAAUUCGUUAAAGCCGCUGAAUAUUAUAGAAAAUUCAUACCAAAUUUUUCUCUAAUCGCCGAACCACUUAGAAAAUUCGUACCAACUACUCGAACUCAACGAAAGAAAGGACAAAAAACUAUCAUCACAUUAACACAUGAAGAAAUCGAAGCCUUCGAACUACUUAAAAAUUUUCUUACAACUGAUCUGGUAUUACGACUUCCAAAUAAUAGAUUCCCUUUCAAAGUUCAAACUGAUGCAUCUGAUGAGGGAAUCGGCGCAGUACUAUUACAACUUUAUCCGGAUGGUGAUAGACCAAUUGCAUAUCUUUCAAAGAAAUUUACUCCAGCACAACGCAAAUGGUCUCCAAUGGAACAAGAAUGCUAUGCAUUUAUAUGUGCAUUAGAUAAAUGGCAUAAUUAUUUAAGUGGAAUCAAAUUUAUUUGGGAAACUGAUCAUAAAGCACUAACACAAUUAAAUCAAAAAGCACAAAUUAACAAACGGUGUGAAAGAUGGAGAUUAAAAAUUUUAGAAUAUGACUUCAAGGUGAAAUACAUUCCUGGUUUAACAAAUUCAAUGCCUGAUUAUUUAUCAAGGUCUCCAGUUGAUGAUGCCGAAGAAGAUCCUGAUGAAGUUUCACUUCUUAUUUCGAAAUCUACACAAACCGAUUUUUCAGAUAUUAAAAAUCAUUCAUCUAUCGUCGCAGCUGUUCAAACUCGUGCGAUGAAAUUACGAAAUCAAACUUUAAAUGAUCCGAAUGAUGGCACAAAAUUAGCACCAGAUUCUCUAACCUCUUCAUCCUCUAAUCAAACAUUGAAUAAUUCAAUGAAAGAGAAUCGAAUAAUUUCAUUUUCUAUUGAAGAAUUAAUUCAAGCUCAACAAAAUGAUAAUUAUGCAAAAAAUAUUCUGAACAAUAUCAAGAAAUAUAAAAAUUAUAUGAUCAAAGAUAAUCUCUUAAUGCGUCGAUCAAAACCUUCAGUUCCUUAUGCACCACAAGGUGAUUUUCGCAAAACAAUUUUACAAAUUUAUCAUGAUACUGCAGCAAAUGGUGCUCAUUUCGGAAGAGAUAAAACAAUAUAUAAAAUUAAACAACGUUAUUUUUGGCCUUCAAUGUACAAAGACAUUGAUAAUUACGUGAAAUCAUGUAUUUUAUGUGCUCAACAUAAUCCUAGUCGAAAAAAACCUCCUGGCAAAUUACGACCAAUUAAACCUCCAGAAGGUGUAUGGCAACUAGUAGCUAUGGAUUUUCAUGGUCCUAUUAAUCCAACAUCUCGUCGUGGCAACAAAUAUAUUAUAUGUCUUACGGAUAUUUUAUCAAAAUUUGUGGUAACAAAAGCAGUACGUGAUAAUACUGCACAAACAGCUGUUAAAUUUCUUAAAGAAGAUGUUAUUUCAAAAUUUGGUACACCUCGAUGUAUCUUAACCGACAAUGGCACUCAUUUUACAUCAACAAUUAUGAAUGAAUUAAUAAAACAAAUUGGAUCAACGCAUUUAUAUUCAACACCAUAUCAUCCUCAAUCGAAUGGUCAAGUUGAAAGAUACAAUUCAACAAUGGAUGCAAAAAUUGCAGCUUUAUCCAACAUACAGAAAACAGAUUGGGAUGACCAAUUACCAUUUGUAACAUUCAAUUACAAUACGUCGAUCCAUUCCUCGACCAAACAAAUCCCAUUCGAAAUGAUGUACGGUCGAGCACCAAUAUUACCAUUUGAUUAUCAAGGAGAUAAUGUUACAAUUCAAUAUGAUGAUGAACACGUGAAAAAACUUCAACAAUUUUUAUCAAAAUUAAAUGAACAAGCGAAAUUUAAUAUUAUUAAAAAUCAAGAACGAUACAAACAACGUUAUGAUAUAAAUCGUUCUGAUCCAUCUUAUCAAAUUGGUGAUCUUGUCCUCGUGAAAACACUCAACAUACGUCACAAAUUUGAUAUUCGUUAUGAAGGACCAUUUAGAAUCAUUCAAACCAUUACACCCAAAACAUUCAUUGUUCAACACGUCAAAAAACCAACAUUAUAUCGUCAAGUUACAACCGACGUGUUACUACCAAUAUUUGAACGAAUGUAUUAA